AUGACGGGCAAGACUGGCAGCGCGAGUGUAGAACCAAUCUGGGUCGACUGGGGCGAGCUCCUUGUUGACUCCGAGCUUGACGAGGUCAGACCAUUCUGGGACCUUGACCUUUCCACUCUUCUUCAAGAAGUGGGCGAUCGACUUGGUAGCCUCGUGCUGGUCGACGUCCUUGAUGGAGGUCGCUCUUGUCAUUUUACCUAUAGAGCAGUUUAA